AUGAUGGGCGGUGCACACAUGAUGGAAUGGGAGGAGCAGCUGUGGACACACACGUCCAUGGUCAUGGUGGGCACAUCCUAUCACAGCGACGCAGUCAUAUGCAGCAGCUCCGCUGUCACCGCCAUCACCAUCAUCAUCAUCGACCGCACAGCCGCCAUCACACGCCGGCCGACACCAGCUCCAAUCUGGCGUGAGGCAGACAUUGCACAUGUCAGUCGCUCUCAUGAAGAGGUGAGCAUCGUUGAGGAGGCGCAUGAAGCGGUGGAACCAACGACGAUGACGAUGACGAGUGCUGAAGCCGAGCGAGCGAGCAAAGGACACGGCGUGGCAAGGGGCCGUUGUUUUCACCCUUUCCACCACAAGCAACAACAGCAACAGCGGAUGUGUGGCUGCAUUGUGGAUGAACUGGCCCCCUGCCUCUCAUCCAUCUCCACCUGCUCUUCGUCGUCAUUGGUCACCAACAGCAGCGGCAGCGGCCGUGGAUGUGGAGAGUGUGAUGUGCGUCGAUGUGCCGUUGCCUCGUGUGACGACGAUGGUGGAUGUGGUUU